CGCGCACCAGUGACUUUUGAGGUCGAACCAUGAAACCCCAGCUCCUGUAUGAGAAAGUCGGUUGAAGGGUGAUCGAUUCUAUCAACUAGGGGUUCGUAUGGCUUCAGGUCCAGCUCAUGAUGCCUUUCCGUGGCAUCUUGGUGUCUUUGAUGCCCAUUGCCACCCAACCGACACCAUGAGUACGGCCUCAUCGAUCCCGAGAAUGAAAGCACGUGUCUUAACAGUGAUGGCCACAAGAGGUCAAGACCAAGAGCUUGUUGCUCAAGUUGCUGAGACAUACGGGUUGAAAUCAUCCGAUACGAGCAGGAGAGUGGAGAACGAAUGCCUGGUUCCCUGCUUUGGAUGGCAUCCUUGGUUUUCUUAUCAAAUGUAUGACGAUAACGAGAAACCCGUAUCAGGCUCCAGCUCGGAAGACUUCAAGAUUCAGCAUUAUCAAUCUGUCUUGACGCCAAAGCCUGAAGAUUCAGCCUUUCUCUCUUCCCUUCCGGCUCCACGUUCACUGCAAGCAUUCCUUGGGGAGACGAGGAGCUAUCUGGAGAAAUAUCCUGUAGCACUUGUUGGUGAAAUUGGGUUGGACAAAGGAUUCCGGCUUCCGGGCAUCCAAUCAUCCGGCUCGGAGGUAUCGAGAGACCAUUCUCUCACUCCUGGCGGUCGGGAAGGCAGACGCCUCACUCCAUAUCGAGUCAAGAUGGAUCACCAAAAGGCCGUUCUAAAAGCGCAACUCAGGCUUGCGGGAGAGAUGAAGCGUGCUGUAUCUAUUCAUGGAGUUCAAGUACACGGAGUCUUGUUUGAUACUCUGCAGGAGACAUGGAAAGGCUACGAAAAAGAGGUCCCCAGCAAGGAGAGAAAGAAGGUAGAGAAAAUACCGCCACCUGAGGAUGACGAGCCAGAAGAGCCUUCGAAAGAGGAGCCGCUGAAACCCUUCCCUCCUCGAAUAUGCCUACAUUCCUAUUCAGGACCACCGGAGCCUCUGAAACAAUACUUGCAUCCCUCAACCCCUGCCGAUAUCUUCUUUUCAUUCUCUGCUGUCAUCAACAUGUCAAGCCCAACCAGUUCAAAAGCAGUCGAGGUCAUCAAAGAAGUACCGGAUGAUCGUAUCUUGGUUGAGAGCGAUUUACAUAUUGCUGGUGAUGAGAUGGAUAGUAAGCUGGAGGAGAUGUGCCGGAAGAUUUGCGAAAUAAAAGAGUGGAGCCUGGAAGACGGAGUGACCAAACUCGGAGAUAAUUGGCAUCGAUUCGUUUUUGGAUAGUAUGAAAGAGACAGCAUUGAGAUCAAGUCUAGCUAACGGAAAGGAGGCUCUAGCACCAAGCUGAAUAUUUGGGGACACUUGGUUGAAUGAGCAGGAGAGGGAAAGGGUGGUUCUCUGGGGUACCUAGUUGAAUGGAUGAGUGAGGGUCAACAAUUGUUCAAGGGAAGUUGAUCGAAGGAGUAGAAGAGGGGAAAGGUGAUUUGCUCAAAACGCUCUUGGUCGAAUGAGACAUUUUCUUGUGAAGAGAGUGGACUUACUUUCCAACUUUUAAAUUCUCCAAGACUUCUUAAAUUUAUGAAACUUAAC